AGGUUAUAGGCAGCAUUAAAUUGACGCAACUUCCCGCUGCACUUCCUUUCUAGCGUAGCGAGUCAAGGGGACAGCUGCAAAAAUGAGUAAGGUUUCCAGAGACACUUUGCAGGAAGCUGUGAAGGAAGUUCUAGCGAACUCCAGAGCUAAGAAGAGGAAGUUUGUGGAGACUGUGGAGCUGCAGAUCAGCCUGAAAAAUUAUGAUCCCCAGAAGGACAAGCGUUUCUCCGGCACUGUCAGGUUGAAGACUCCCCCCAGGCCCAAGUUCUCUGUCUGCCUCUUGGGAGACCAGCAGCAUUGUGAUGAGGCCAAAGCUGCUAGCCUGCCACACAUGGAUGUCGAGGCGCUCAAAAAGCUCAACAAGAAUAAGAAGAUGGUCAAAAAGCUUGCCAAGAAGUAUGAUGCGUUCCUGGCUUCAGAGUCUCUGAUCAAGCAGAUACCCCGUAUCCUGGGCCCGGGGCUCAAUAAGGCUGGCAAGUUCCCCUCGUUGCUCACCCAUAAUGAGAACUUGAACAGCAAAGUGGAUGAGGUCAAAUCGACAAUAAAAUUUCAGAUGAAGAAGGUGCUCUGCCUGGCUGUGGCUGUUGGACACGUGAAAAUGAAGGAGGCUGCGCUGGUGUACAACAUCCACUUGGCUGUCAACUUCUUGGUGUCCCUCCUUAAGAAGAACUGGCAAAAUGUGCGUGCCCUGUAUAUCAAGAGCACCAUGGGAAAGCCACAGCGCCUCUACUAAAUGAUAAGAUUCUACAAAUAAUAAAAAUGUGGAUUUUCCAAGAA